UCACUCUCCAACCCGUUCCACUUAGACUUUUGGCCCCCCCCCCCCCCCCAAAGAGCUCUCUGUCAAGUCCUACCCUCCUGCAGCCGCCGGGCUGGGCUCGGUCCUCACCCUCUGUCCAGAGCCUCCAGGGACCCCCAUCUGCCUGAGACGCAUGUCCUUUGAUCCCACACUUGCUCUGUCUCAGCCAAAUCUGCUCUGGUCGCUCCUUUAACCUCGGGGCGCAUGCCUGCCGCUUGCUUUCCCUUCUGAUACCCACACACGUGAGCUCCCGCUCCCAGCAACCUCGGCUCAAACGAGAGCUCUCAGGUGGCCUUCCCUGACCGCAUCCUCUGUUCCCACAGAGGUCUGUCUGUUAUCGUCUGCUCUGUUCUGGAACGUUGGCUGUCUUACUCCUUCCCCGCAGCACCCAGCAGGCCCCGCACAUGGCGGGCUCCCAGGGGGACGGAUGAAGGCUCACCUGGUGCACGUAGCUUCGGAAACAGCAUUUUGGCCAUGUUCAUGGUCUCACAUUUCCGAAGGAUGCUGUAGACAGCGUGACAGAAGCUUCCAGAAACUGGAUGUGGUUUAACAGAGCGCGGUUCCCGUUCAGCCGGCCCGAGCUGCUGAAGGAAUGGGUGCUGAACAUCGGGCGGGGCAACUUCCAGCCCAAGCAGCACACGGUCAUCUGCUCGGAGCACUUCCGCCCGGAGUGCUUCAGCGCCUUUGGGAACCGCAAGAACCUGAAGCACAACGCGGUGCCCACGGAGUUCGCCUUCCAGGACGCCAGGCAGCAGCUGCCUGUCUCCCAGCUGGUGAGGGAAGACACAGAUGCGACCGGCAAGGGUGGGCAUGCCGACUCUGAGAAGGAAAAGGUCUUCCCAGAAGCGGAGGCCAGGGAGCACGGCCCAGAGAGAAAGACGGACACAGCCCUCGAAGGGCUGCAGCGGCCUCCCAGCGCCAGAGACCCUGUAGGGCAGGUCCUGCCAUGUAGACCGGAAGCAGCUGAGGCCCCUACUCAGCCGGCCAGCCCCCCACAGCCAUCUGAUCACAGCUACGCCCUUUUGGACUUAGAUGCCCUAAAAAAGAAACUGUUUGUGACCCUGAAGGAAAACGAAAAGCUCCGGAAGCGCUUGAAGGCCCAGAGGCUGGUGAUGCGGAGGCUGUGCCGCCGCCUGCGAGCCCACAGAGCAGCAGAGCUGAGCCCGGCAGCCCGGCUUUCUCAUCGAGCCUGGGCGGUGGGGCUGCGGUUCGGAGGAUCUGGCCACGAGCCUUUCCGUCCUGCUGCUGACAGUGGCAGCGAGGCCUGCAGGUGAGGAGCCCAGCUCGGCCUCAGGUGGUUCGGUGGCGCCGGGCUGUGAACGUGAGAAACUUGGUCAUCCAGGUGACAGCCCCAGCUGUCCAUUCAACACGAGCCAGGCCAGCGUCCUCAGAACCACAGCAUGCUGAGCAGAGUGGCAGACACCCCCGUGGGGAGGGACUUAGUGCAUGGGCACUCCCACCCCACACCAGAGCGGGGACAGAUGACUCAGGCAGCAGGAGUGGCCCUCCAUUGCCUGGACAGCCAGCUCUCUGGCUGACAGUGGCCUCUGUUCUAAGGAGUGCCUCUUCCCGGCCUGGUUUGAUGGAACUAGGUGACCAAGCGUCUUCCUGCAUUAAAGGGUUUCCUCCUGUUCAUAAAAGCAAACGCUGGCCCUGGCCAGGGUGCUCAGUUGGUUAGAGCAUCAUCCCAAUACACCAAGGUUGGGGGUUUAAUCUCCGAUCAGGGCACAUACUAGAAGCAACCAGUGAGUGCACAGAUCCAUGGAACAACAAGCCCAAGUUUCUCUCAAAUAAUUAAAAAAUAGUCCUGGGCCCGGCUGGUGUGGCUCAGUGGUUGAGCGUCGACCUAUGA